CAACAUCACCUCCAACCCUCUCGGUCUCCCAUAAAACGAUCCCCAUCGGCCCCGUCUAGAUCUACCUUUCUCUAUCAUCCACCCCUUGUUCUUCCUCCUGCAGCUCCCCAUCAAACCACAUUUAUCCCCACUCCCCAUUCCCUGCUCAUCCGCCUCGGUCCCUUUUCUGCUCCACCGCUUCACUGUGUCGCAAUCGUCGACUCGUCGCAUCAUCACCACCAUCAUGCAUCGCACGUAUUCUAUGCGCCAGACCCGGGCGCCCACUGCCUCUCAGCUUCAGAACCCCCCGCCCCCUCCUUCGUCUACCAAGUCCGGUCGUCUCUUCAAAGGCAGCUUCGGACAUGCUCUUCGCGGCAAAGCCGGCGGUGCCUUUGGGCCUGACCUGGCCAAAAAGCUUUCUCAGCUAGUCAAAAUGGAAAAGAACGUCAUGCGAAGCCUAGAGACUGUCGCCCGAGAGCGCAUGGAGGUCGCCCAACAAUUAUCCAUUUGGGGUGAAACUGGUGACGAGGAUGUCUCUGACGUCACCGACAAGCUUGGUGUACUCCUCUACGAGAUCGGCGAGCUCGAGGACCAGUACGUCGACCGGUAUGACCAAUACCGAAUCACUAUGAAGAGUAUUAGAAACAUCGAGGCCUCAGUCCAACCCAGCCGAGACCGCAAGCAGAAGAUAACCGACCAGAUCGCACAAUUGAAGUACAAGGAGCCCAACUCUCCCAAGAUCGUCGUUCUUGAGCAGGAGCUUGUUCGCGCCGAGGCCGAGUCGCUUGUUGCCGAGGCUCAGCUUUCCAACAUCACGCGUGAGAAAGUCAAGGCCGCAUACACCUACCAGUUCGAUGCCCUACGCGAGCAUUGCGAAAAGGUCGCCAUCAUCGCUGGCUACGGCAAGCACCUUCUCGAGCUCAUUGACGAUACUCCGGUUACUCCGGGCGAGACUCGCCAAGCAUACGACGGAUAUGAGGCUAGCAAGGCAAUUAUCCAGGAUUGUGAGGAUGCUCUCACCAACUGGGUCAGCUCCAACGCCGUGGUCUCGUCCAAGCUCUCAACCCGUGCACGCACCCUAUCUCAACGACGUCGAAACUACAUUCGCGCUCGAAGCGAGGGCCAUGAUCUGUCUGGCCAGGACGUGCCUCUCAACGAUAGCAGCUCUUGGGUUGGCCGGGAUGCUGAGCUUGAGAGCGACGAGGACGAUGAGGAUGAUGUUCGCGACUCGGUCCUCGGCAGUGAUGGUGGCUUGAACGGCGAGUCCCGCGGACGCACCCAGGAAGUCGCUGUCGCGUAGUAUGGCUGGCCACUGUGACAGAAGGGACUUGUUUAACGCAGGAGAUGAUGGGCCUUGAAGAAGGUGAGGGGAUGAUAAUGCCAGGAUAUAUUUUUGAUAAGGGAAAUCCUGCCUCGGCCGUGUGAGGCGUUGGGGAUGUUUUAGGGACGGACGGUUUCUAAAAGGCUGUUUGGAUCCUUUCCUUGGUA